GAAUAUACAUAAGGCCCAAUUACACAUUUAUCCAGCAAGAACAAUUGAAUAAUUCUCGUCUAAACCCUAGCCAAAAACCUCACAAUUGUGAACUCAUUUCUAACAUUCUCGCUCUAAUCCUGUUAAUCUGUACAUCUCUACAGCACGAAUUUCGCGUGAGCUGUGAAAAAAUGGCCGCAAAGUUUAAAGAGCUGUUAAAAAAAUACGGUAAAGUAGGAUUGGGCGUACAUUUCGCAGUCUCCGCCGCCUCCGUCACCGGACUUUACGUCGCCAUCAAGAGCAACGUCGACGUUGAAUCGAUGCUUGAAAAGUUCGGCAUGCCUAGCCUCGUCAAGGAGAAGGAAACCACCCCCGCCCCCGCUGAUCUGCUAUCGGAAGAUCUCGGGACGACCGUUGGAUCCAAUUCGGGAUUUAGAAGCGAUCUGACGGUGGAGAAGGAGAAGAAUCGGACGACUGAGCUGGCGGCGUCGAGCGGCGGUGCUUUGGCUUUGGCGGUGCUGCUUAAUAAGGCGCUUUUUCCGGUUAGGGUUCCGAUCACGUUAGCGAUUACACCGCCUUUGGCGAGGUUCCUUGCUAAGAGAAAUCUUAUUAAGAACGUGUGAGACUGUGAUUGCUUAGUUUUUCUCUGUUAAUUUAUUUUGAGUUUUUUUUUGCUCUUAAAAUAAAAUUCAGCAGCUUCAAGCUAACACUUAAUUGUGCAAAUUUGGAACGAAAGCAGGGAUUAACGGGUUCGUAAAUCUUAAUUCAUACUUAAGAUUUUAGACCUAAAUCUUUGCUAAUGGAAAGUACAUUGUGUACCAAGCAAAUUACAUGCUUCUUUUGUAGAAAAUAUACAACUUUUUUAGCACAAUGUUCGUGCUGUUGCAUCUUUCGUUUUUCCCAUUGCAUAAUGUGGAGUUGAAGUGUGUUGAUGAAUGGGAAUAUACUUUAUUCUUCAAUGAAUUUUGAUCUAUGUUGGGGUUCAAUUUCA